UAACCACUCGCUUUGUGAGAUAGGUGUGUAGGCUCGCUCUACUAAUAUUCUGUCAAAUCGGAAGUCGUCUCUCGAGGCUUAGGCCUGAAAGCGCAGCUGUUAGCUUAUUAAGUAGUUUUAUACUUUUGCAAAAUGUCUCAGCAUCAGAUUGAGGUUGAAGAGGACUAUGAAGAGGAAAGUGCUGUUACGCAGAUAUGUCUUAACGUAUUCUGCGUUCUAUUCAUCAUUCUAACUUUCCCCCUAACGAUAUGGGGUGUGAUUAAAAUCGUCAACGAAUAUGAAAGAGCAGUAGCGUUUCGACUUGGGCGGCUUGUACGAGGUCCUGCAAAAGGGCCUGGGGUGAUGUUUCUUUUACCUUGCGUUGACGAGGUUAAAAUUGUAGACAUGAGAGUAAAGUCGUUCGAUGUACCACCGCAAGAAAUUUUAACAAGGGAUGGGGUUACUGUAUCAGUCGACGCAGUGGUUUUCUAUAAAGUAUUCAACGCGACAUGGCAAGUGACAAAAGUUGAAGAUGCAGAUGCAGCAACCAUGCUGUCCGGCCAAACAACCCUCAGAAACAUCUUGGGCACUAAGACAAUGUCUGAAAUUCUUUCUGAGAAAGACCAAAUAGCUCACGAAAUGCAAGAAUUAAUUGACACCGCUACAGACGAAUGGGGAAUUAAAGUACAAAAGGUAGAAGUCAAGGACGUCCGGCUACCAGUACAACUCCAAAGAGCUAUGGCUUCCGAAGCUGAAGCAGGACGAGAAGCUAAAGCAAAAGUCAUUUCUGCUGAAGGAGAAACAAAGGCUUCAAGGCUAUUAAAAGAAGCAGCUAAUAUUAUGAGUGAUUCCCCCGACGCGAUUAAACUAAGGUACCUACAAACCCUGAAUUCCAUCAGUGCUGAUCGUAACGAGACUGUGAUUGUACCUUUUCAAGAAGAAGUCGUACGUGCGCUUCUUCAGAAAUUUUUUGCUUAAGACGAUUCAUCUUUGAAUUGACUUUAACUGCAGCUUUUUAUACAAUAAAGUAGUAUACCAUUUGGCACUGUAUUCCAUUGUCCGUCCACUUGUAUGUUAUAUAUAAGGCUGAUUAUUUAAAUGCAUAAAUAUAGUAUUAUGUCUGUUGAAACUUGGCAACAAUAAUUGUACAUCAAUGAUACGAAAUUACUGAGUGUAUUUCGUUUUACGAUGAGACUACAUUGGUAUUGAAAAUAUUGUACAAUAGUUUUCAAAUGUUCGUAAAAUAUUUUAU